CCUGAGGUGUUUUGUGUAAGAGGCUAUUUGAGCUAAUGGCACUAUUGGAAUUGAAAUUAAAAAUUUAUUUAAUGUACUUAAUUCUCAAGUUUAGUGCGGAACUAAAUUAUUAAUUCAUUAGUGCCACAGCCCACAACACUUCUUAAAUUUCAUUUAUAUUUAUCGUCAUUAUUGGAAUUGAAGUGGAGGGUAUCAAGUUAUUAUUAGAUGUGUGAAAGCGAAAAUUGCAUUGCACCAAAACUGUACGCGAUCAAUCGUUUCUGUAGUUAGUUAUUGAAAAAGAAAUAUAUUGAAAUGUCGAACGAAAAUACAAAAAAUUUCUCAAGCCUUGAGACCCCAGGCUAUGUUGGGUUUGCCAAUCUUCCCAAUCAAGUUCACCGGAAGUCUGUAAAGAAAGGUUUCGAGUUUACCCUGAUGGUUGUCGGUGAGAGUGGUCUAGGCAAGUCCACUCUGGUCAACUCUCUGUUCCUUACCGAUCUCUAUCCCGAAAGAGUCAUUCCGGAUGCCACAGAAAAACUGAACCAGACCGUGAAAUUGGACGCGUCGACCGUGGAGAUUGAGGAGAGAGGGGUCAAACUACGGCUGACCGUGGUCGACACCCCGGGCUACGGGGACGCCAUCGACAACACCGACUGCUUUAAGUCAAUUAUUCAAUACAUCGACGAGCAGUUCGAGAGGUUCCUGCGUGACGAGAGCGGCCUCAACCGACGGAACAUUGUCGACAACAGGAUACAUUGCUGCUUCUACUUUAUCUCACCGUUUGGACAUGGGUUGAAGCCGCUUGAUAUAGAGUUCAUGAAACAAUUGCACAACAAAGUGAACAUUGUUCCGGUCAUCGCCAAGGCAGACUGCCUCACAAAGAAAGAGGUGCAGAGGCUGAAGACCAGGGUAAUGGAGGAAAUAGAAAGGGAAGGUAUUAAAAUAUACCCACUCCCGGAUUGUGACAGUGAUGAAGACGAAGACUACAAGGAACAAGUGCGUCAGUUGAAGGCCGCAGUCCCGUUCGCGGUAUGCGGCGCCGGACAGCAGCUGGAGGUACGAGGCCGCCGCGUGCGAGGCCGCCUGUACCCGUGGGGCGUGGUGGAGGUGGAGAACCCCGACCACUGCGACUUCAUCAAGCUGAGAACUAUGCUCAUAACACACAUGCAGGACUUGCAGGAGGUAACACAGGAGGUACACUACGAGAACUACAGAUCUGAGAGACUGGCACGAAAUGGACAAGCACCGAAACGUCAUCCUUCAAUGGAUGGUGGUAAUAACGAGGAAUCCAACGGUAUCACAAACGGCUCCCCAGGAGACUCCACUGGACAGGAGCGUGCUCUAAGAGAGAAGGAGGAGGAACUACGGCGCAUGCAGGAGAUGUUGGAGCAGAUGCAGCGGCAGAUGAAGCUCCAGGCUGCUAGCACCACCACAGCAUAGUGCACGCUCCUGACGCAGUUGGAGUAUACGACGGCAGUCCAACUGUCCGAGUCUUCUAACGUCGUCAGCUCGAUACUGCGGGCAAUCCCGUACUGCAUCACCUAUUAGUAUCAUUCACAUUCAUAUGCGGUUGUCGCAUCAUAUCAAGGAUCAUUUAAACAUUUUUAAUCGUUAUAUUAAUGGUUAAAAAACAACCACAACUGUAACUGUGGUAACGCCAGAUUUAUUUCUCUUGGAAUGAGGCAUAAAUAUAGGCAUUAAACAACUUUUUAAUAUAUCUACGGUAUCACAACAUUGCCGAGGUGACUAAUUUAGCAUCAAUAAUACUUUCAAGGUAAUAAUCAAUAUUUUGUAGUAAAAACAAUUCAUUACUUUCAGAGUUUUACCUGAUUUAGUAGUUUUAAUUGGAUCACUGCCCGUGGCCUAACAUCUUUCUUAAUAGAUAGAUAACCAGCCUACCGAUAAUUUAUGGCACCGCUGGCAAGGUAUUUAACAUUAGCACCUAUCACAAGACCCUGUCAAUGUUAUCCAUGGUAUUUCAUAACUAACAUAAAACUAAGUAAAUCUAACAAAUCUAUUGUCGAUAGAGGCUUCGCACACACCCUUGCACAAGUUGAAAUGUUGUUAUAACUGACCUAGAAAAAAGUAACCACAAUAUAACAUAAUAUGCUACGUUUUCAAUAGACUUAGAAAUAUUGAAAAUCUAAUUUAAUAAUCCAAAUGCGUAAUGGGCAUUUUUUGUGUUUUUAUUUACCUUAUAACCCAUAGACAAUUAAUGGAUGAAGGUUUUCAGAUGUCACAUUAGAAACACAGAUCUAAUAUAAAUCUACAGUAGCAAGUAGGGGUUGCAUACGAUAUGUUAUUAGCUGACCAAUCACGAUAUGUUGUUGACAUAAACUGACCAAUGAGCAGACAGUAUCCCGCACCCGCUAUCUCAUUGGCUAAAACUAAUCGUACAUUGCGACAAUAUGAGUAGGUUUUAUGUUUCUACUGGGUUAUAAGGCCUUAUAAUAUCAAACUACUGUCAACGAAACAAAUGCAUUCUAUUAUUAUCAUAUCUUUAUAAAUAUAUAAUUAAUUUAAUAAAGGUAAUAAGGCCAAAAUUUUGAAUAUAUUGACGCUUGGAAAUAGAAAUUAAAUUACAAGUACGUAGAAGAUACAAUAUUUGUAAAUGCAAAAGUUAUUAUCAUAGUGUAACAACCUCCUGUAUGUAUGAAGUAGCGGUUAAAAUGUACUGGAGAUACAGUAAGUUACUGAGUAUCUUAUCAACGAAUGUUUAUUAACACUAAUUAGAUAAAUAAAUAUGUAGUAUCUGUUAUUGUAUAUUAUCAGAAGCAAGUAGAGAGGCCUAAUUAUUAUUAAAUAUAUUAUCUGUAGAAAUUACAUAUAUAUAAUGUAUUAAAUUGUAAAGAUUAAGUAUUAGCGCCUUUGGCGUAAGCAUUCGUACGGUCGUGCAGAAGAAAUAAUUUAAAGUCAUUGAUCUGUUUCUACCUGUCGGAACAUAGUAGGCGUAUAUAGUAAUAAGUACUAAGGCUAAUGACCGCAAAUUGUUUCUGUUUCGCGACCGUAUGUCGGAAAAUAAUGGCGAUUAUACUGCCUAAUGUAUUUAUAUCUUCCAAUAGAAAUCUCUAUAGUAAAGAUUAUUUUCAUAUUUUGCGUAUAAUUGAAAGGUAUAACUGAGUUAUUUUGUAGUGUUUAUGCUCUUAAUAUUUUUUUUUGUAGUUAAACCAUACGUAAUAUUAUGUAAUGAUUAUUAUUCAAUGACAUGUGUAUUACUUGGAUUGUAAUCUCUAUUAGUAAUUGAAAUGACAUAUUAUUAUUAUUUUAGACUAUUGUAGGUGUAAGAAUAUAUUAUUAUAUGUUAGAAUAUAAAAGUAGCCUUAGUGUGUAUACGUUUAACAAGUAAAAGCGAAACUGCAGAAAGAUUUUUGUGAUGUCAAAUUUUGUAAAGAGAGACAUCUAUGGUUCAGCGCGGGGAAACUAUCAACUCUGCUUUCUACUCUCUUCGUAUGAGAGACAAUUUAGUCGAUUGAGAAGUGUUUGUUUCUGCCUGUUUUUCUCAGUUUAUUAUCGAUAGUGCGUAAUUCAUGUUGAUUUUAUUUUUUUAUUUACUAGCUGCACAAUGAAGAAUUUUAAAUGGAUAUUUCAUAUGUGUAAAUUAUCGAACGGGAAGCGUAAAGAACAAGUGGAGAAAUAUUUAACACGUAUUGCGUUGAAAUUUACUCGUAAUUUGAAACAAACUCUUUUGAAGUUGAUAGUUUAAAAAAUAUAAUAUAAAUAUUAUUUCAGUCAUCAUUUGGUUUCGAAACUCACUUUAAAAUCAGUCAUUCAAAAUAUCUCGAUUGAAGAAUCUUUUACGCUGUCCAUAUUUUGUUAGUUCAAAUGAUUUUCUUUUGCUAUUAUUAUUGUCAUCAAUAUCAUAUUAAAAAUAUUUUUAUUAAUAAUUAAUGUGAGCGUUACUGUUUGUUAGUUAACACAUAAGGAAAUAUAAUAUAGUUUAAUGACUUUUUACAAAAUCUAGAUACAGGUGUUAUGUUAAGAUAGUCUCAACAAUUUGUAAUUUUUUUUAAGUGAUAACCCUCAGUUCUGGCAUUAAUUACACAAAUUAAUAUGAAAACAAAAGUUAUUAACGAUGCGGGACUCAAACCUGCGACCUUUACGUUCCGUGAGAGCGCUCUACUACUGAGCCAAACGUUCAAGUGACUUAAAGUUCAUAAAUCUUGAUAUUAUUUCUUUGUUCAACUAUCAAGUUUAUUUAGAUUGUUAAUAAUUAACGUAAUUGUUUAAAGUUACAAGAGCGACAUCUCAAGUCAAUUUCCUAAUAUGUUACUAUUGGAGUUAAGCAGGUUAUCAACUCUAAAGUAGAUCCUGUAGAUGAAGCCACAACCUGAGAGUUGAACAAAGAAUUAUCAAAACUUAUGAACUUUACGUCACUCGAACGGUUGGCUCAUUGAAAGAGUGAUCAGAGAGCGCAUCGUUCAUAAAUUUUGUUUUCAAUUUAAUUUGUGAAUGAUAGUCUCAUGUUUCGUGCCAUUCAUACAGUCUCGAUUAUGCUAAGAUUGUUUCAAGUUUAAUACAGCAGUUUCGUUAGUAUACGCUCAUUGUUGUUUCCAACGAACACAAUGUUAUACGAAUAUUAAAAAGUUCUUUGUAGAUACUUUUAAUAAAUGUCACUUACAAAGUUUAAACAUGAACUUAAUAUUUGGUUGCUGUUGGUAACUAACCAGACCUACUGCACAGUAAUGUGAGUAGAUUUAAUUUGUAAUGUUAGAUACUCAAUUAACUUGUCUAGAUAGAGUGUUAUACUAUGUAUAAUAAUUGUAUAUUUGUCACGCACGCAAGUAUGUCUACUGUUGCUUGUAGGCUUUUUAGAGAGUUUACCAGUGGGAGGCUCCUUUGCACAGGAAGCCGCCUAGAUUAUGGGUACCACAACGGCGCCUAUUUCUGUCGUAAAGCAGUAAUGUAUAAACAUUACUGUUUCGAUCUGAAGGGCGCCGUAGCUCGUGAAAUGACUGGGCAAAUGAGACUUAACAUCUUAUAUCUCAAGGUGACGAGCACAAUUAUUGUAGUGCCGCUCAGAAUUUUCGGAGGUUUUCAAGAAUCCUAAACGGCACUGCAUUAUAAUAGGUAGGGCGUAUCAAUUACCAUCAGCUAAACGUCCUGCUCGUCUUGUCCCUUAUUUCCAUAAAAAAAAAAUACUGUUAUCUGAAUCUGGUAUCUUCAGGGAAAAAUAGUGUACGUUCAAAGAGUUGACAUAAGUACCUAAGGACGUCUCUCGCCUUUGCAGUGACAAGAUUGUUUACUUUUUUUUUUUUCUAAAAUUCGUUUAUGAAAAUUUCUGUUGAAGCUAUUACCACAUUUAAUCCAAGUUAGAUUCUCCGACUAUAGUUUCGUUACGUGUGUCAGUGUCGCUACUGAGCCGGCCGGAUCGAGGUUAAAAGCAUGCAAUUGGCUGAUAUUUUUUUGAGAUUAGACGCUCGAACUUUUUAUCUAGACAGGUUAAUAAUGAAGGGGUUGGAUACUAAUUAAAUAUUUUAUUUGCUCGAAUGUGUUUCGUGCGUUAUUACGACUGUAAAAAAUCGAAUAUAUUCAAGACUGUUCCAUAAAAGUAUUCUUAUAAAAUCUUAAUCGUUUAGUCCAUUCCUUAUAUUUCCAUAUAAUCAUAAGUAUGUAGUUUUAAGUAUUUUCUUAAAAUAUAAAAGUUAAUAAUAAAAUCUUGAAGAAUCGACAUAAAGGAACUCGGGUCGUAGCAGAGUGAAUGCCGGUCAUUGAUCUUUUGCCACGAAUCACUGCUGUACCUAUAUUGUCGUACACGUUAUUUGUAGCCCUCUCAAUUCGUUAAAUAGUCUCUGAUUGAUAUUUAACUUUGUUCUAUUAUCUUAUCGAUGAUGUAAAUAGACUGCGUGUGACUUAAAUAAUAGUACAUUGUACAGAAAGUAGAAAGUUAGGGAUUCCUAACGAGGAAUUUGUAGGCACAAGUCGAAGUCGUGGGCCUAAAUACACCAGAGAAGUGGAAUACCACUUUUCCCCGAGCGAUACAUAGUGCUCUAUAUAUACCUAGGAGGAAAAUAAAACAUAUUCACCAAAUAAAUUGUCCAAGAAUCAAUUUGACAAACGCGAGAAAGUUAUUUGAAACUUUUUCGACAGAAUCAAAAACAAAAGAUUGAAACUGUAACAUAGUUCGUAUGUUUAUUGUAAUUGGCCAUAUUACAAUAGUCAACAUGUGAAGAACGUGUUAGAAAUGGAUUUUGAUACAACUUUUCCGCCUGCAUAAUAUUUAUAGAUGACACACAUUCGGCCCAGUUGUCACGUGAACACUAAGCCACUUUCCGAGCAGGUGUAGUAUAAAGAUAUUGCAGUUCUAUCUGAAUAGAAUGUGGCAUAGAUAAUUAUUAAUGUAUAAAUUUAACUGUUUUAGUAGAGCCCAUGAUAUACUUUCGACUUUAGUGGCUCUGGUUACAAUAUUUUAAUCAUUCCCAUAUUAUUAUUUUUAAACUACGUACGCCGUGAAUAGUUAAAGAAAUAUACUGCGUAGAUCCAUACUUCAGCACCUCUAUGUGACCUUAGCAAUGAUUGGUGCCAAAGUUGUGACUCAUAUCUAGAAGUAAAGAAUAUAUAAUGAUUUUAUCAUCGAAUAGUGUAUUAUUGCAAUUAUUUGCUUUUUAUAAUUAUUAUAAUCGUCACUGUCUGUGUAACCAUAAUAUUUUUUAUAAUAAACUAUUUGAAAUGAA